AUGUUGCACCCCAGCCUCACCCCACUGCUCGUGCUGGUGCUGGGGGUCAGCCUGAGGGCUGCCUUUCCCCAUCACACCCUGAGUAAGGACUGCAGGCUGUCCAAGUACCAGAACAUUGUACAGGAGGAGCAGCAGGCUGCGGACAAGAUGAGACCAUUUGUGAAGAACCACAAAUGCAACACCAGGCUCUUCCACCGGAAAUGGAACGCAGUAGACCUGCCGAUGUCCGACCGAGUGGUGCUGGUGGCGGCCGAGCUGAACCUCACCACUGCCAUGCUGGAGCUCCCCGCUGCCCCCAGCUUUGCCGAGGCGCGCCGGCGGCCCCUGGACUUCUUCAGACACGCCCAGGAGGACGUGCGGGGCUGCGUGAGUGCCUCCCGCGUGGAUCCUUCGCACCAGCCCUCGGGCAGGCUGAGGCACUGGCUGCACAAGCUGCAGGCGGCCAUGCGAGCAAGCACGGCGUGCCUCAGGGCCACCACCAUCCUGCACGUCCUGCAGGUGCUGGACAACCUGCGCUGCGCUGCCCUCCAGGACAAGUGCUGCCGAGCUGGAGUGAACUGCUGAAGUGCCGAAGCUCUGAAGUGCUGAAC